GGUCUCCUGGAGGAGAUGAGCUCUCAGUAGGGCCUUGAAGGGAGGAAGAGAGCGAGCUUGGCGCAUGAUCGAGUCUGGCAAAGUUCCCAUCCCACCAGGAGAGCCGGGAUCUUAUACCCAUUUUACAGAUGGGAAAACCAAGCCCCAGAAAGGUCAAGGUUAGCCAUCAGAGCAGGAUGCCUGCUGGAAGUGUCCUGGCCCCCAGAGAUCCCCAGCUCUGAGAUUUCGAGGUGAUCAGAACCCCCACCUGACUCAGCACCUCCUUCCCUUCCCACCCAUACGCUAGCUUUCCACUGUCUCAUUAAUUCAUUCAAUCGUAUUUAUCGAGCACUUACUGUGUGCAAAGCACUGUACUAAGCACUUGGGAAAGUACCACAGAACAAUAAACAGACACAUUCGCUGCCCACAGUGAGCUCAAGCUGUAGAGGCGAGCUCACAGUCUGCCCACUGCCUCACUUUCCCACAACUCCCAAACCCGUAUCUUUGCCCGGGCCGCCUAGACUGGUCCUGUGUUCACAUUCUGCUGUAUGGUCAUGGCCACGCCUCCCGUCCCUUAACACAAAGAAGUAAAUAAAGUAAUUUUCAAAUCUCGAGCGCACCUUCUGGUUCAUUGCGCCCACUCGAGCAGCGGUGAAUGAAGCCCAAGUUCUCUCCUGCUGCACCUGCUGCUUGAGUUUUUAAAGGGAAAAAGCAGACAGGAUCGGCAGACGCCGGCCGCGGGAGCCUGGACCCUCGGCACACCAGGAAGAGGACACAUCCCCCUUGCCUUCGAGCCUGCCUCCCUACUCGGACAGCUUCUUCUCCAAGUCCUCCCGUGGAAAGGUGGGCUUCGGCGGCUAUCAGCAGGGGUUUGUGGCCUUUGGAUGCAGCCCCCAAGGGCCCUGUUCCUUCACAUCCGCCUUGCAGGGCCCAGCUCCAGCCCCGGCUUUCGACAUGCAGCCCGUCUGAGGGAAGCUACCGCUCCAGAAGUCAGGCUGCGGGGAGUUACUGCUCCGAGAAAACAGUCUGCAGGAAAUUAAUGCCGCCACUCCGAGAAGUCAGGCUGAGGGAAGUUACAGUUCUAAGAAGUCAGGCUGCGGGAAGUGACCACUCAGAGAAAUCAGGCUGUGGGAAGCUGGCUUUCUGUGAAGUCAUCCAGCCAGGGUGCUUGACGGGGACAGGACGUAAGCACAGAGCCAGCCCACGUGCUCGAGGACAGAGUCUCAGAUAAGCCGGCUAGACUUUGCUCCCAGCCCGGAGCAGGGAGGAAGCAGGAUUCAGCCUUUCCCCGAGCGAUGUUCCAGACCCUCUCUUGGGGCCGGGCUCCGCGGGGGCUGUGCCCGGGGCAGAGGGGGCCGGACGGCCGGGAGAGGUUGCCCCGGAGGCCACAGGCUCCCAGCAUCUGAGAAGCACGAGCCGAGUCUGCGGGCGGAGAGGAGCUUCAGGGAGUGGCCCCCGGCCUGCUCAUCGGAACCACAGACAGAAAGAUGGGCCCUUUCUGAACCGUCAGAGAAGUAGAAGUUGGCAUCAUUUGGGCCGGCAACGGACUGUCUCUGCUGCAGCUCUUCCUCCUCAGGAGAGCUCUUUAGGAACGGGAAGAAGCAAGAGUCACUAUGACCACCCCGUGCCUCCGAAUGGUCGCGGUGGCCUGGAGCCUGCACCUGGCUGUCCGGGUGGAAGGCCCGCCCGCCCCGGGCUGCCGCUGGGAUGGACGCCACUUCCUGGACUGCUCCGCGGUCGGGAUAGCGGCCCUUCCCCCGGGGAGCCCGCACCCCAUCGCCUCCCCGGAUGCCAGCUUACGGUCCAUCGGCGCUGUCCCUGGGCCAGACGGAAGGGACGCCUGGGGCCUCCGGCGCCUCCGGCACCUGAACCUCAGCAGUAAUCUGCUGGCCGAGCUGACUCUGAGCGCCUUGUCCUGCUCGCCCUGGCUGGAGACGUUGGACCUCAGUGCCAAUCGGCUGCGCUCCAUCUCGGUGGGCCGGCGGAGGAACCCCCCGUGGGCCGGCCCGCUCCCGGCUCUGAGGCAGCUGUCCAUCCGCAGGAACAGGCUGAGCGCCGUCCCGGGAGAGUUGUGGAGGCUACGCCUGCUGCGGCACCUGGACCUGUCCUUCAACAGCAUCGCCCGUGUCGGCCCCAGGGACUUCCGCGACUGCGUCUGCCUAGAGAGCCUGGACUUGCAGAGUAACAGGCUGACCACCAUUCACCACGAGGCCUUCAAGGAGCUCAGCAACUUGCAGAGGGUGGAUCUGGCCCACAACGCCCUGACCUCCAUCCUGCCACCGCUGCAGUUGGGCUUGCGCUUGCCCCAUCUGGACGUGGACCUCUCCGGCAACCCGUGGCUCUGUGACUGCAACCUCACCGUCCUGCAGGGCUUCCUGUCCGCGUCCUGGAGGGACUCGUGGGGUGUCACCUGCGGCCGUGGCUGCCAGAUGGCCGAGCCGGUCACCCGCAAAGUCCUGGUCCCCGGCCGCGCAGAGAUAGUGCUGGACUGUGGCUCGGAUCCGCCCCAGGGUGCUGAUGGGCCAUUCUGGUGGACGCCCUACGGUCCCAUUUCCAGGGAUUCCCGCAUUCCCCACCUCCGCCUGAAUGAGCAGCAGCAGAUAGUACUGGAGGCAUCGGAGGCGGUCCGGCUGGGGCUGUACGCCUGCUUCUCCCCCGGCGGGGGGAAGAAACCUGUCAUCUACAGAGUCUCCAGGAAGCCACCUCCAUCCCCAGGCUUGGUGAGGAACCCCCGGGGGCUCCCCGCAGUGCUGAGAGAACCCGGCUCCGCCCCCAACCUGCCCUUGGCUGUGGGCCUGGCGGUGGCCGUGACCUUCGUCUUGGCUUUCGGGCUGGGCGCCUUCACCAGGCCCUACAUGGAUCGGCUGUGGCGGCGCCGGCGCCGGCGGGGCCCCUCGCCCGGCUCGGGGGCCAAGAUCGCAUUCUCCAAUCACGGCUUCAGCGGGGAUACGGGCAGCCCCCCAGAGACAGCCACCCCUGCCUCCCGGCGCCGUGUGAGCCCAGAGGCAGUUGGGGGGGAGGAAGAGCGUGAGCCACCCUCUCCGUCCCCACUUGGGCCCAGCUCCAAGAGCAUCCGUGCCGGGGACGGCUCCUUCUAUGAGAAUUCCUUCCAGGGUCCUGCUUCUGCCCUGGCCCCGGUCCUCCUGCAGGGUGACCGGCCUUCCCCGGGCCCAGCAACACUCCCUCUCUACGAAGAGCUGGAAGGCCCUCGUGGGGAGCAGCCUGACUCUCCCGGCGAACCCUCCAGCGUCAUUCUGCGGAGCCAAAUUUCCGACAGGCCCGAGAUCGCCACCCCCUCUGACUCCGACUCCGGGUCCUUAUUCACGCUCAGCUCGGGAGGCUUCGAAGAAUGGAGCAACACAGAGGAUGUGGAGGCCGGCGAGGAGGGGGUCGCAGGGCCCAGCCCUCCCCCCACGCCACAGAGCCGAGGGGCACAGGGUGGGGAAGGAUGGGAACGGGCCGUGGCCACGGAAGCCGAUCUGCCACCCGGGUACCAGGGACAGAUGGAGCAGCCCCCGGUGCAGGCAGGCGGCAGCAGCCCCGGGGAUCGUGCAUCCGGCCUGUGGACUCUGGACCAGCCCCGAAGGGGCAGCCCAGCACCCUCGGGACAGGCCCCGGCUGUUCCUGUGGAAACAAGAGAGCCCGUCUGGGAUCGGAGCCCCCCGGGCCGCAGCUCAGGCUGGCCAACUUCCGUCCUAACGUCCGACUCCGAGGAAACUCCGGGGACCUCUGCACACUACGCUAGGGUCCCUCUUGUUGCCUCGAGCCCUUCCUGGCCCCCCAUGCCAAUCGCAGGAGGUUCGGAGCUCCAGGAAAGCGGUCCUCGCUCCUUCCGCCAGCGUCGCUACGGCCGGCCGGCCGGGCGGGGCCGGGCAGGAUCUGCCCCAGCGGGGCCCAGAUCUCGCCGCUCCCCAUUCAACGGCGUGGCACCUCCCACGUCAUCCAGACAGCGCAACCGGGACCGGCCCUCUUUGGCCCGAGGGCCCCGCUGGCGGGGCGGCCACACCUUCACCACGCGGGCGGCCAAGGGAAGGCGCUGGACCCUGGUUCGGCUCUCCUGCCUCAUCUGACCGGUGCGGAAAGCAAGGCGCCGGGCCCUACCACGACGGCUGGUUUGGAGGAGGCAAAAAGGCGGAAGGAAAAGUGUAAAUACCAAGAUCCAGCGGCUCUGCUCCAAAAACCAAGGGCUGGCGGAACGGUCCCAGACUUUCCCUUCAGGUAAACAGCAGGAGGCCCCUCCUAAUCCUCACCCCCACGGGCACGUCACCCAUCGGCGGUGCCGACCCCCCUAGUGCCUCUCUGUGACGGUGGUUUUUCAUCACCGCCGUUCUGCUCCUGCCUCUCCCCACCAGCCAUCCCUAAGGCCUGCUCCCCUCCUCCUCCCCACCUCCCCCGACUCACAGCUCGACUUGAACCAGCCCCUUUCGAUGUAAGAGAAGACCUGCAGCAAGUAAAAACACCUGAAAAGCGUAACGCGUGAGAGGUUUGUUUAAAGAUAAGCAGCGGGUCCUGUCCCCACCCUGUCCCUAACUGGAACCGUGGCUGGGGGCGGAGGACGACAGACCGCUUCAGGCGAUGGCUCCAGGAACCCGGGGCCAUUUGCUGGCCCGCCCCGGGUCAAGGCUUUGACCGGAGCAGAGGAAGGAGUGACUGGAAGGAAGCCCGAAGCCCCGGCCGCCGAAUUUGGACUUUCCUCCUGUCUCCGGAGCUUCCCUCGGGUCCUAGAAACCGGUAGAGAUGGUAAUUGAGCGGCAGGGAAGAUCGCUGUCAUUUCCCAUGCCUUUCCACUGAGUCCCACCCGACAUCUCACUCCAGCCCACGGGGGUCUGGCAAUCAGGGGCAAGGGCUUGGGGGUCCACCCUUGGGCAGAAGUGGCUCCUGGACUGGCCAGAGCUAGGGACAAUGGGGAGGGUGGGGGGAGCGCUCCGCAUCCCUCCCUCCCUCACCUCUGGAAGAAGUGCCCCUUGUCUCCUUCUUUCCUUCCGGGGCAGCCAAGGGAUCUUUCCUAUUUGGUCCCAGAACUUCUGAUGGCCCCAAACAAUACCACCAGCAGUGCCACUUCUUCCCAGAGGCCGGUGGAACCCCGGCCCCGAGCCUGGGUUGCGCCGUCACCGGAAUCG